AUGCCGUUGUCCUCAACGGCUCCGCAACCCCUGACGAAGGAGGAGGAGACGCUAGCGACGCCGUCUGCGUCCCUCCCACAGGCACACUCCACGGAGACACCUGAGACCACCCCCACUGCAUCCUCAUCGCCGAAGAUGACAGCAGCAAGCUCGAAAGGAGAAGUCUCAGCUAACGACUCGGGCACACCCACGGCUGCCACAGCGCCACGCGAAACUCGCUUCUUGAGGGAUGCUAAGAUUGAGGAGGACCGUUACAUCUAUGAAACUCUUUACAAGUCGCUCGAUGACACCACUGACACGGCCAUCCGAGACGAACUCACAGUCGGCGAUACCGUCCGCUUCGCCCGCAACGCCAAGCGAGAGUUCAGCAAGGCCACAGGGAUGCCUCUUGGCGAAAAGGCAAAGAGCUGCACCGCGCUGGUGCGCAGCUUCUCACAGAAGAAGAACCAAAAGGUGGCCUACGUCUUCAUUCUCUUCAGCGUUCUCAUCAUGACGUUGCCGGUGAUUGUCCUUUUUAUGGGUAUGAAGCUGGUUGCUCCGUGGAUCGAUAUGGACCCGACGUUGUGCGGUGGUGGUCUGGCCGUGUUCACCGCGAUGUCCUUGAUGUUUUCCUACGUGGUGUUCGCCAUUAUGGAGGAUGCGCAGUGUGGCAGACAGAACGCAAGCGAAGCCGAAAGCAAAAAGGAGCGAUGA